AUGUCUCAAGAUAACCAAACAGUCGUGAUUGACGUGGACCAGGAGCAGGAGCCGUUGGAGCCUCAGUCUGAUGCUCAAUCAGAGAUUGGAGAAAGUAUCGCUUCGUCGAGCACGAGCCUCCGCGAGUCUAUUCUUGAGUAUCGUCUGGAGAAUGGCAGGACUUACCACAAGUACAAAGAUGGCGCAUACCUCCUCCCGAACGACGAAAGAGAGCUAGAAAGACUAGGUAUCACCCAUCCAACUAGGUACCCAUCCCUCUGGCUCCUGGUGAACGACAACAGGCUAGGCAUGGCCCCGCCAUGUCAAAAAGGAGCUAAAGUUGGUCGUGUUCUCGAUGUAGGGACCGGCACGGGUAUCUGGGCUCUCGAUUUUGGAGACGAACAUCCUGAAUCUGAGGUUAUCGCCAUUGAUCUCUCUCCAACUCUGCCUGCGUAUGUGCCUCCAAAUGUCAAAUUCGAAGUUGAUGACGCCGAAGACCCAUGGACAUACUCGCGCCCUUUCCAGUAUAUCCACAGCCGUAUUCUGUCGUCCGGCCUAAGCGACUGGAAGAAAUACUUACGCAAGUGCUACGACAAUCUCGAGCCGGGCGGAUGGGUUGAACUGCAAGAGGUUGACCUGUACCCGACGUCCGACGACGAGACGCUCAAGCCUGAGUCUAAUCUGAUUCGAUGGUGCGACCUGCUUCAAGAAGCAUCAAACAAAUUCGGACGUCCCUUUUUCAGAAUUGCUCCGCUCAAAGACGUCAUGGUAGACGUUGGAUUCGUGGACGUGUCUCUGACCGUAACAAAGUGGCCGUCUAAUGCUUGGCCAAAAGACCGAAAAUGGAAAGAAAUUGGCAUAUGGAACGGCGAGAAUAUGAUGAAUGGCCUCGAGGGCUUCUCCAUGGCAGCAUUGACGCGUGGCCACGACUGGACUCGUAAGGAGGUCAACAUAUUCCUCAUCGACGUACGCAAGGAGAUCAGAGACAAGAACAUUCAUGCGUAUUGGCCUGUGUGA